CCAGUCAACCUCACACCCCAACUCCAGUCGAGUUUACCACUACAUCCACUAACUCAUCCGGGACCCCGCCGACUGCUCCUGUUGGGAGUAUAAAUAAGACGCAGCCUCGCGCACACAGCCUCAGUUGCUGGAACUGUGUGUUGCUCGUUGCUCGUGGCCUCCUGUUUCGUCCUGUUUUCUCGCGUUCCUGUUUCACAACUCAAGUGGUAUCCUGUUAUUAUUGUGCUACGAGCUGCCGCUGCAAACUGUUGCAAGCUGAUAAACGGAAUUCUUACCGUCGGAAGUUAUUGUUUUCAUGUGUUUACCAAUUGCCGGUCUAGGCAUCAUUUGAUUACUUGCGGAGUGCUGAACUUGGUCAAUUGUCAAACAGCAUUAUGACCAACUCGAAGCGCAAGCAGCCACCCACACCCUCAGACACUUCUUGCACGGACAGCAGAGAAAAAUCUGCAGCCACAGAUGAAGUGAGUUACACAACCGAAUCACAGCGGGAGAACCAACCGGAUAACGACAAGAAAAAAGAGGAGGAAGAGGAGCGGAAGCAAAGGCAAAAACAACUACCGGAGAGCACUCAAACAGCUCAACUGUUUAAAGUGUGUUUUGGACAUGAGCUGCAUAACUUUAAGAAUCUGAAUAGUUUUACGUGUUGGCUGCAACGUCCUGUCGACGGCGCCGCUCUGGGUGUAUUUCGGAUGCUGUACGGCGCCAGCAUGUUGAUUGACAUUGCCGAGGAGCGUGGCGGGGGGCAGCUGGAUGUGCGCUUCGGUGAGCCGCAACACUGUCACUUCCCCCUGUUCAACGGCAUGAGGGCAUUGGAGUAUCCGCUGAUGGGUUGCGUCUAUCUGUGCAUGUGGCUGGGCGCAUUGGGAAUUAUGCUUGGUUAUCGCUUUCGCUGGAGCUGCUUGACCUUCAUCAGUUGUUAUUGGUACAUCUUUCUGCUGGACAAGCCGGCGUGGAAUAAUCACAGCUAUCUAUUUGGUCUGGUGGGCACGUUGCUGCUCUUCACCCAAGCACACAGUUACUGUUCCCUAGACAGCUGGCUAAAGCUAGAGCUGCGACAGCCCGUGCCGUAUUGGAAUUACUUCAUCAUUAAGUUUCAGUUCUUCAUACUCUACAUGUAUGCGGGAUUGAAGAAGUUCUCGCUGGAGUGGCUUUCUGGCUAUGCCAUGUCCAGUCUCAGCGAACAUUGGGUUUUCGCUCCUUUCCGACAACUGCUCGAUGGGGAAAUCAUUGAUCUGCUGAUCAUUCAUUGGUUUACUGCAAUCUUUGAUUUCUCAAUUGCCUUCUUUAUGACCUGCGAGCGAACACGUCUCUUUGCCACGCCUUUUAUGAUCAGUUUUCAUCUGAUGAACUCGCGCCUCUUUGUCAUAGGCAUGUUCCCUUGGGUCUGUCUGGCGGAAGUGCCGCUCUUCUUUGGCUUCAGCUGGCCACGACGCAUACGCUCCCUAGGCAAGUCUGUAAAGUUGCCGUUCAGUGAGAAGCCAGUUCAGCAUAAAGCUGGCUUUCGAGCUCAAUUGCGUAGCUGCCUCAUACUCUUCUAUUGCGGGCUGCAACUUUUCCUGCCUUAUUCGCACUUUAUCACAAAGGGCUACAACAAUUGGACCAAUGGAUUAUAUGGUUAUUCCUGGGACAUGAUGGUGCAUUCCUACGACACGGUGCUGACCUCCAUUAAGAUUGUGGACAAUGAAAAUCAGCAGGUGCAUCAUUUAAAUCCCUAUGCAUUCACCGAGUACGAUCGCUGGACUAAAUUUGCUGACAUGGCCGUGCAGUAUGCCAAGUGCAUAGAACGAAAUAUACACGAGGACUUGGCCAAGCAUCCGCAGAACAGUCCGUUGACCAGUACCAACAUUUCCAUAUACUUUGACAUUUGGUGCUCGAUGAACGGACGCUUUCAGCAGCGCACCUUUGAUCCACGCAUGGAUCUGCUAAGGGCACCUUGGUCACCUUUCAAGAGCACGCCUUGGUCGUUGCCGCUGCUCAACGAGCUGAAUCAUAUGCGUCCGAAACUCAAGACGAUUGCCAACGAAGUACUUGCCUGGAAUAACUAUUCGGAUGUCAUAUUUGUGGCUGAUUUUCCAGGCCUAACACUGAGCAAUUUUAUCGCUCCAGCGCUGUACAAUUGCACAUUGACAAUUCUGGAAGGUAAUGUGCGCUACAAGAGUGCCAACGAUGAGGAGUCAUACUUUUUGACAGCUGGCAAGAGCAUUGGCCUGGAGAGCAAUGCUACACACACUGUAACCACCAUUGGCCAGAAGCCAGCCUCCUAUUUGUACACAUACGUAAAUCGCACAAUGCAGGAGGAGGAGAUCCUGUUGGAUGAGCCCAUUCCGCCCAAGGAGCGUCCAAUUUUGCCCAUCUGGCAGGAGCUCAAGCAGCGUGUGGCCAACUACCAACAGUUCCUUAUGCAUCUGGCCAAUUGUGUGCUCUAUUUGGUGUACGAUGUUCCCAUUCCGAUGUCCGUAAGAGAGAGAAAUUAAGAAUGAAGCAGCUGAGAUCCUUUUCCAUUUGCUACCAUGCCUAUUUCCUUGCCUAUCCCUAAGUGUCACAAUAUUGUGUGGGUGAUAAAACUGAUAAUAAAUGUUUAAUGUUAUACAAUCGAAAGUUGUUCAAGUCGAGGAAGAGAAGUUAGUUACGUAUACGCAAAGUAUUACGUAUACGCCAUGAGUUGUUUUUAGAAGUAAAACGAAAAAAUAAGAAGGGAUAUGCAUACCCUCUAUGUAUAACUGUAUUUACAAACCGGACACAACAUUACAUUACUUUCAGCCUAUAUAUAUAACAAAUCUCCACGUAGGAGCCUCUACUGCAAAUUUGGUGGCUUCGUCAAAAAAAAUGUGUAAUUUAACAAACGUGUUAUGAUCUUUGACUACAACGCACUCGUGCUGGCAUGCUGCUUCUCCUCUACCAGGCGACUGGGAUCGAAUUGCUGUGUCUGCGUCUCCCAGAGGCGGGCAUAAAGACCGUUCUGCUUCAGCAAUUCCUGAUGUGUGCCACGCUCUCCAAGGCUGCCAUUCUCAAGCACAAGAAUCUCAUCGGCAUCCUUGACAGUGGACAGACGGUGGGCAAUGCAAAUGCUGGUGCGUCCCGAGGUGGCGCGUGACAGAGCUUGCAGUAUGUUCUAUAAAAUCACAGACAAAUUAAGAGAAUGUUCCAUAUAAAAGUUAAGGCAAUCUACUCACAUGUUCUGUAAUGGAAUCCAGACUGCUGGUGGCUUCGUCAAAGACGAGGAUCGGUGUGUUCUUUAGGAUGGCGCGAGCAAUAGCAACACGUUGCUUCUCGCCGCCAGACAACUUAAGGCCACGUUCACCCACUUGGGUGUUAUACUGAUUAGGCCAGCUCAUGAUAGCCUCAUGCAGAUCGGCCAUGCGAGCGGCAUUUUGCACUUCCUCGUGCGACUUGCUCAGAUUGCCAUAGUGUAUGUUGUGCUCGAUGGUGUUGUGGAACAGCACCGAAUCCUGAGGCACCACUGCAAUGGAUUUGCGCAGACUGUCCAGAUCCACGCCGCUAAUGUCCUG